AUGUUGUUUUACUUAGAUUAUUGUGGAUUCUUUAGUCAUGCAUUUGUCAUCGCUUGGUGGCACCACGUUGUUAUAUUACUGAAGUCUUUGUUGGUUGUUCUUUGGCGUUGUUAUUUCUGGUAUUAUAUGAAUCUCAUCGCUUGGCGUCAUACUAAUAACCUUAGACCAGAAGAUGGAAAACCACCAGAUUAUGCACAUUGUAGAAAUUUUUCUUGCAUCAGAAAGAAAAUGCAUGAUUAG